AGCAAACUGAGAAAACCCUAAAUCGAUACGGUCUAUUUAAUCAUUAAUGGGAGCAAAUCUUUCCCGCCAUUUUUUCCUGCGCUGGUCACAGUUGGUAAUCGAAAUUGACCGCUCCAGAUCGCAAGAAUGGACGACGAAAUCAAAGCAGAGUUCGCGAGGAACGGCUUCAUCUUGGAUGAUGAGGAGAAAAUUAUCUCGCAAUGUCAGGCAUUUUGCAUACAGUACAAGCUCAGUGCUUCAGAUCUUGUGUCCAGCUGGGAGGCGUACUCGCUCAACUGGAAGCUGGAUUUGACCGUGCAGAGCUCGCAUAUGGGUGCAUUGUUAGAACAACUGCAGAGUGACCAGAUUGAUAAAGUCAGAGGAAAAGACUCCGAUAAACACAAAUAUCAUGAGAUGCCCUCAGAUUCAUUAAAGAAAUCAAAUGGAAGCAAAUUAAAUUCAGAAAAAUCUCUAGAUUCAGUGACAGCCUUUGGGUUAAGAAAGAACAAGUUCAUCAUACAAACAAUGCUUAAUCAACAACCUAGCACAGAGAGCAUUAAAGUUAAAGAGCAUAAUGAGAAUUCUGAUGAUGAUAUCAUCGCGAGACUUCAACCCAGCAAAAGAUGUCACUUGCGAAUAAACACAUCUCAGCCAGAGCAAGGUUGCAGGUUCAUGUUUGAUAGACUGGAAGACAAGUUCAACUACCUGGAAAGUUGCAUCAAAAGGAGGGCAUCUGCUUAUGUAUCUUCAGGGAAGUAUGAGGAACCAGUUGAUCCUUCUGUAGCUUCUCAGAAAAGCGUGUUUUCUGUUGGUAUGAUCUGUUGUGAAGAAGAAGGUCGUCUGAAGGAUAAGCCUGUAUUGCUGCAAAGCAGUGUUGAGCAUUCUGGAGGGCAGCGUGUUCGUCUUGACUUGCAAAAGUUAGAUCAAUUUUCUAUUUUCCCAGGCCAGGUAGUGGCUGUCGAAGGGCAUAAUCCUAGUGGUCAUCGUCUCAUUGCAUCAAAGAUUAUCGAUUAUGUGCCAUUUUCUGUUACUCCUCCAUACUCUACCAAAAGACAAGCUUUGGAUCACAAUCAUCAGUUAACCAAUCCCUCGCACAAUAUGGCGGAGUUGUCGUUGAUUGUUGCUGCGGGUCCAUUUACUACAAGCGAUAAUUUGUUAUUUGAGCCUCUAACUGAGCUUUUAGCCUAUGCACGCCGAAAGCAACCUCAGUUGCUUGUCCUGCUAGGGCCAUUUAUUGAUUCUGAUCAUCCAGUGCUUAGCAAAGGAUUUGUUGAUCAGACCUUUGAUGAAAUGUUUCACCUUCAGAUCCUUGAAAAGCUUCAAGAUUAUGUUGAGUGCAUGGGUUCUGUAGCGCGCGUGAUUCUUAUGCCAUCCAUCAGGGAUGCACAUCAUGACUUUGUUUUCCCUCAGCCUGCUUUUGAGAUCCAUCCUACAUAUUCUAGUCAUCAGGUAGUCAGCAUCUGUAACCCAGGAGUGUUCUGCGCUAAUGAGGUAAAUGUGGCUUGCUGCACAGUGGACAUAUUAAAACAUCUUAGUGCAGAGGAAAUUUUUCGGAAUCCACCAGGAGAAUCUAAACAGCGACUGGCUAAUCUAGCAAAGCAUAUAUUGAGCCAGCAAAGCUUCUACCCACUGUAUCCACCUGCAAAAGAAGUUCCUUUGGAUUUUUCUUUCGCGGAGAAAGCACUCAGAUUCUCUUUGAUUCCAGAUAUACUCAUUUUACCUUCAGACUUGGCUCCGUUUGUGAAGGUUCUCACCGUUGGAGGUGGAGAUGAUGCAGAACUCAAGUGCAUCUGUGUGAACCCUGGAAGACUUUCCCGAGGCGAAGGCGGGGGUUUCUUUGUAGAGAUUAAUUACAACGGGAAUCCAGAGAUGUCAAGUGCUUCAUUAAUCCGCAUAUAAAUGUCAUUUUCUAAUCUCUUAUGCAAAGUUCAGUAGUCUAAUAUUUUUGUCGAACUAUGUAAAAUAUUAUGCAUCAUUACGUGAAAAUCCCAAAUGAACGUUUAAUUCUGCCCCUCCAUCUUUACUACUAUGCAUCUACUGCAUAUGACGAAUAUUUCGAUGGUUUUUUAACAAUAAUAACUUUCAAUUGGCAACAUAUUGGCAAUGGAAUUAGGACCA